GACAAUGAGGGUGUUUAAGACCUUGGUUCUUUUAUUUCUAAUACUUGUGGUGAGAGGUUCUAUGGUACAGCUGAAAAAUGGUGGCUAUGAGGAUAUUGUUAUUGCAAUUAACCCUGAGUUACCAGAAGAUCACAAUAUCAUUAGAAACAUACAGGACAUGGUCAAAGAGGCUUCUACUUACUUGUUCACUGCUACAAAACAGAGAUUUUUUUUCAAGGCUGUAAAAAUUAUAAUUCCUCUGCAUUGGCUGCCAAAACCUGAGUAUUUAAGUGCAAAAAGAGAGUCAUAUGAUAAGGCAGAUGUUAUCGUGGCUAAUCCUUCCUUGAAGUACGGAGAUGAUCCCUACACGCUGCAAUAUGGAGGAUGUGGGGAAAAGGGACAAUACAUUCAUUUCACUCCCAACUUCCUGUUAAAUGACAGUUUGCAUAACAUCUAUGGAUCACGAGCUAAAGUUUUUGUCCAUGAAUGGGCCCAUCUUCGUUGGGGAGUAUUUGAUGAAUAUAAUUACGAUGCACCUUUCUAUUUGUCUGUAAACUCUGGAAAAGAAACUAUUGAAGCAACUAGAUGUUCAGCUGAUAUCACUGGUAAAUAUAUAUUCCAAAGCUGCACAGGAAACAGCUGCACGAUAAGAGAAUGUGAAUAUGAUCAACAGACAAAGCUGUAUGAAGCUGGAUGUACAUUUGUACCAGAAAAAACACAAAAUGCCACAGCAUCUAUAAUGUACAUGCAAAGCCUCCCUUCUGUGGUUGAGUUCUGUGAUCAAAGUACUCAUAAUGAAAAGGCUACAAAUAUGCAGAACAAAAUGUGCAACUACAAAAGCACCUGGGAAGUAAUUAUGAAUUCUCCUGACUUCAGUAACUCCUCUCCAAUAAAUAGCGCAAGUCCUCCAUUUGAGACCUCCUUCUCAUUGCUGCAGACCAAAGACAGAGUAGUCUGUCUAGUACUUGAUGUUUCUGGGAGCAUGGAUUGGAAUAAUCGCAUUAAACGUCUGUCCCAAGCUGCAGAGUUAUUCCUGCUACAGAUUAUCGAAAUGGAUUCCUGGGUUGGAAUUGUCACAUUCCAUUCUAUAGCACAAAUUACAUGUCAUCUACAACAAAUAGUCAGUGUGGAUGUACGCCAGAAUCUUACCAAAUACCUGCCUACAACACCUGACGGAGGAACUAACAUCUGCGAAGGAGUCCUCAAAGGAUUUGAGGUGAUUAAACAAAAAUACUCUAAUCUCGAUGGUUCUGAAAUUGUACUGCUGACAGAUGGAGAGGAUAGGGGUAUGAGCAGUUGCCUUACGGAGGUGAAAAACAGUGGAUCGAUCAUUCACACCAUUGCCUUGGGGCCAAGUGCUGCUCCAGAACUAGAACAAUUUUCAGACAUGACAGGAGGCUUAAAGUUGUAUGCCACCGAUAUAGUUGAUUCCAAUGGCCUAACUGAUGCAUUCAGUGGAAUUUCAUCCAGAAGUGGAAAUAUUUUUGGACAGUCUAUUCAGCUUGAAAGUACAGCUCAGAGUGUCACAGUCAACCAGAGGAUGCAUGGUACAGUGACUGUAGAUAGCACUGUGGGAAAGGACACCUUCUUUGUAGUUACAUGGGAUCGAAGCACAUCUCCACCAGACAUUUUACUGUGGGACCCCAAAGAAAAAGAAUAUAGAACGUCAAGCUUCACAGUUAGUAAUAUAAACCUCCGAACAGCUCGAUUGAAUAUAGCAGGCACUGCAGAGGUGGGGAAUUGGUUAUAUAUGAUUCAAAAUAACCACACAGAAUCUCAAGUCAUAUCAAUGAUAGUAACCUCUCGACCAGCAUCUUUGACUGACCCACCAGUGAUUGUGAAAGCCCACAUGAAUAAGGAUACAAGCGCCUUCCCUAAUCCAAUGGUGAUUUAUGCAGAAGUUAGUCAGGGAUUUUCGCCUGUUCUUGGUGCAACCGUGAUGGCCACUGUUGAACAAGAGACUGGAUCUGCAGUGGAGCUCAGACUCCUUGAUGAUGGUUCCGGUGCUGAUAUUACCAAGAAUGAUGGAAUCUAUUCAAAGUACUUUACAUCUUUCAAGGGAAACAGUAGAUACAACUUAAAAUUGCGUGUCCAGGGGAGAAAUCAGACUGUCAGACUUAGCCACAGGCGGAGCCGAGCCUUAUAUGUUCCAGGCUACAUAGAAAAUGGUGAAAUCAAAAUGAAUGCACCGAGACCUGAACCUAGUGAUGAGGAAAUUCAACCAAAGCUGGGAAGUUUCAACAGAGUUGCAACAGGAGGUUCUUUUGUAGUGAAGAAUGUUCCAUCAGGAGGAAUUACUGAUGUGUUCCCACCCUGUAAAAUUACUGACCUUGAGGCUCAGUUUGAAGAAGACAAAAUUCACUUGUCUUGGACAGCUCCCGGGAAUGACUUAGAUGAGGGACAAGCUGACAGAUACAUAAUAAAAAUGAGUGAAAGUUUUCUGGUCCUAAGAAACACCUUUGAGGAUGCUACUUCAGUAAAUACCUCCAGUCUGGUACCUAAACCUGCUAGCACCAAAGAAUCAUUUCAGUUUAAACCAGAAAAUGUCACAAUAGAAAAUGGCACCAUAAUCUACUUUGCAAUAUGUGCCGUUGAUAAUGCCUCCCUAACCUCAGAGGUGUCUAAUAUAGUACAGGCAGCUCUGUUUGUCCCUCUAAAGGAAUCCUUGCCUGAUACGCUUCCUACUGAAUUUAUCACUAACAGUGUUCCUACACAGGGAUCCGUGCCUGUUACACUUCCUACUGAAGUAAUCACUAACAGUGUUCCUAAACAGGAAUUCUUGCUUGAUAUGCUUCCUAAUCAUGUUAUCAAUGAUGGUGUCAAUGUUUCAAUAAUAGUAAUUGGGUCUGUAAUAGCUGUAAUAGUUAUACUUACAGCUAUUAAUACAGCUAUCUAUAUUUUAUAUAAGAAAAAUAGAAAGGGAAGCUUUGAGCUCAGAAUGUCAUAAAACUAAUUGUAAGAUGAAAGCUCAGUAGGUAUUUAUCCUAAUUUGUUCUAUUUGUGAUUUUCAAAUUACAUAAGGAAAGACAAAUUUGUAAUGGAUUUGAAAAUUAAGUGCAUUGACUUUAAAAUAGAGGUGGAUUUAUAUGUAUUUUGAUCUGCUUUCAAUGAGUGUAUAGUAUGUUACAGUUCAUGUAUGUAGACUGAACAGUGAAUUUAAAAGUAUGUACUGAGUAAACUAAGACACAUCAGUAUAAUGUGUAGCAUAUAAAUAACAAUCUAAUUGUAUACUUUCAUUCUAAUCUUGCAAGAGUUCUGCAGUAUUAAGUAUUCUGUGGUUUUGGUUUUAUUUUUUAAAUAGAAAAAAAUCUUUCUAAUUUUGUUUUCCAGUUGCUUAGCAGUCAGGGAGGGGAGAUUUAAGAAAAAAAAUAGAUCUGUAAUCUUUGGUUUUCAUACAUUCGUUUCAGUGAUAUUCAAUGAGUAGGAAACAUAAAUGUAUACAUCUGUUGUUCUUGAGCUUGCAACUGCUUAGGUACAUGCAUAACAACUCUCAUCCUAUGACUAAUGCAGAUGUUUAAAUAUUCACAGGAUCAGGGCCAUAUGUUAUCCACAAAUGAGCAUAUGGAAAACACUUUUUACCUGACAAUCAUCAAACACACAUGCAACAUUCCAACUCUAAAUGACAGAACAAAAGCAAAAUAGUAGAAGAGAAAACACUAAAUUCCUAGGUAGCAGAAAUGUGCACGUGACCAAAGCGAAGGCAUGUAGCAUCCAGGAGGAAAAUCUAUUUAGCAAGUGACUUUUCAUUGGUUUUCCCCAUCUCCUGCAAGCCCAACUUGCAACUUCAUGAUCUGUGAUGUGACGCUCCAGAAAUGGGAAAGGAUCGCCCAUUCUUUGGAUAAUGAAAACAUCCAUCGUUACAUUAGAUGGAAUCAAAUUAUUUUAUAAGGUAUAUAAACCCUCAUGCUUCAGGUCAUCAGCUAAUCACUAGCAGGGGCUAGGGAGGAACUUUUUCAUGUGCAAAUUAUUCCAUAAUUGUCCACUAUGGGAUUUCUUGCUGCUUCCACUGACAUAUACUUAGAAAUAUUGGCCAGCAUGGAUACGCCUACACUCAGAUUUUUUACAACUGUAAUUAACUGACAGUUAGCUCAAGGUAGUUACCACAUUUGGACUACGCCUGGACCAAACAUUGGGGAAUGUCCAUGUUAGCUUUUACAAACAUAUUAAGUGAAAAUCACUAGUGAAGACAAGCCCUUUUGGAGAUGGGUAUCUGGGUUCAUGUGGACCAUGGAUCUGAUUGGGUAAUGUAAUUCCUAUGUUUCUGAGAUGGUUUUUUUAUGGCAUGAAGUGAAAGUAAGAAAUUGAAUUGAACUCUUAAUUGCUCUUCCCAAUAUAAGUCUCCGUUUUUGUUUUGGCUGGUGCAUGUUGGUGGCUUUCUUCACUUCUCUUGGGAAUAGGUGAAUGGGACAGAAGAGAGUGAUUAGUAGAAUAUCUGUGUAAUAAACAGAAGGCUUGGGUGCUUUAUGCACAUGUGUUAUGCAUAACAACAAUAAAACAAAACAGA